GUGUUCACAUUGUACUUGGUUUGGUUUGACAGUGGAAGGAAAAACGUUGGUACACAAAGUGACCCGCAUGCACACAAGUUAGACAAUGAACCUGUCUUUAUAGUCAGUAUAUAACCAGUCAGACCCUCGGGGUAAACUAGUUGUUGGUUAUUUCUCUCUGAAACAGGAAAACAUGCCUGAGAUCAAAGUUACACCGCUAGGUGCUGGACAGGAUGUCGGCCGCAGCUGCAUCCUCGUCUCCAUCGGAGGCAAGAACAUCAUGCUGGACUGUGGGAUGCACAUGGGGUACAAUGACGAUAGACGGUUCCCAGACUUUUCUUACAUAACCCAAAACGGGCGUCUGACAGAGUUCUUGGACUGCGUCAUCAUCAGCCAUUUCCACCUGGACCACUGUGGCGCUCUCCCCUUCAUGAGUGAGAUGGUCGGCUAUGACGGACCUAUCUACAUGACCCAUCCCACCAAAGCCAUCUGCCCCAUUCUGCUGGAAGAUUUCAGAAAAAUCAGCGUGGACAAAAAGGGAGAAACCAACUUCUUUACCUCUCAGAUGAUCAAGGACUGUAUGAAGAAAGUUGUGCCUUUGAACCUCCACCAAACUGUCCAGGUGGAUGAUGAGCUGGAGAUCAAGGCGUACUAUGCAGGCCAUGUCCUGGGAGCUGCCAUGGUGCACAUCAAAGUGGGAUCGGAGUCUGUGGUUUACACUGGAGAUUACAACAUGACACCGGACAGGCAUCUAGGCGCUGCAUGGAUUGAUAAGUGCCGUCCAGACAUCCUUAUCUCAGAGUCGACAUAUGCCACCACCAUCCGAGACUCAAAGAGAUGCAGGGAGCGGGACUUUCUGAAGAAAGUUCAUGAAUCCAUCGAGAGAGGAGGAAAGGUUCUCAUUCCAGUGUUUGCGCUCGGAAGAGCACAAGAGCUUUGCAUCCUGCUGGAGACAUUUUGGGAGAGGAUGAACCUAAAGGCCCCAAUCUACUUCUCCACCGGGCUCACAGAGAAGGCGAACCAUUACUACAAGCUCUUCAUCACCUGGACCAAUCAGAAGAUUCGCAAAACCUUUGUUCAGAGGAACAUGUUUGAGUUUAAACACAUCAAGCCUUUCGAUCGCUCAUAUGCUGAUAACCCUGGACCGAUGGUGGUGUUUGCCACUCCAGGAAUGCUUCAUGCGGGUCAGUCUUUACAGAUCUUUAAGAAAUGGGCGGGUAAUGAGAAGAACAUGGUCAUCAUGCCUGGAUACUGUGUACAAGGAACGAUCGGUCACAAGAUCCUGAAUGGGCAGAGAAAGCUGGAGAUGGAAGGACGAGCAACAUUGGACGUGAAGCUCCAGGUGGAGUACAUGUCCUUCAGUGCUCAUGCAGACGCUAAGGGCAUCAUGCAGCUCAUCCGUAUGGCAGAGCCUCGAAACAUGCUGCUGGUGCACGGGGAGGCCGCCAAAAUGGAGUUCCUGAAGGGCAAGAUCGAGCAGGAGUUCAGCAUAGACUGCUACAUGCCAGCCAAUGGGGAGACUGCAACCGUGACUACAAACCCUCACGUACCUGUGGACAUCUCGCUCAACCUGCUGAAGAGGGAGAUGACACUCGGAGGGCCUCUUCCUGAUCCCAAAAAGCCUCGCACCAUGCAUGGAACCCUGAUCAUGAAAGAAAAUAGUUUGAAGCUGGUCUCGUCGGAGCAGGCCCUGAAGGAGCUCGGCCUCAAUGAACACCAGCUACGCUUCACCUGCCGCGUGCAGCUCCAGGACCCACACAGUGACACAGACACACUCCACAGAGUCUACACACACCUGAAGAGCGUUUUAAAAGGUUACACCAUCCAGCACCUACCUGAUGGCACAGUCAUGGUGGAGUCGAUCGUCAUCAAAGUCUCCUCCUCCGCCGAGGACCCCAACACCAAAGUCCUGCUGCUGUCCUGGAGUUAUCAGGAUGAGGACCUCGGGAGCUUCCUUUCAACUCUACUGAAAAAGGGGCUUCCGUCUGGACUGUGCUGAACUCUCUUUGUCCCCAAACUGUGAACAUUUGAAGGAGAAAUGAGCCUGAAUGUUACAAGGCUGAAGAUUCCUAACAAGUGCAGAAAACCUGACCUUCUUACCUGUAAACUUUAACAACACAGAGGCUGAAUUAGCUUCUUUUACUGUUGGAAUAAUGGACUUAAAAUGAAGCAAUCUUCAUAACUGCAUUCUUUUCUGUUUUUUAGAGACAUCACAGACUCAUGAACUCCUUUGACAGAAAUUAGAUGCUUUGGUGUUUCCCUUUAUUUUGAUGUACACAGCCGAUUUGAAUAAACCUCUUUGUAGAAAAGU